GAGGUACAUUUAAACAAAUCUCUUAUUUCAGAGAUUGGCAAUGGACCCUCGCUGUAAAGGGAUGCCGCUGUCUAGUUUUAUACUGAAGCCUAUGCAGCGGGUAACAAGAUACCCACUGAUCAUUAAAAAUAUCCUGGAGAACACGCCUGAAAACCACCCUGACCACAGCCACUUGAAACAUGCCCUGGAGAAGGCCGAAGAGCUGUGUUCCCAGGUGAACGAGGGGGUGCGCGAGAAGGAGAACUCGGACCGGCUGGAGUGGAUCCAAGCCCAUGUGCAGUGUGAAGGCCUGUCGGAGCAACUGGUGUUCAAUUCAGUGACCAAUUGCUUGGGGCCACGCAAGUUCCUGCACAGUGGGAAGCUGUACAAGGCCAAGAGCAACAAGGAACUGUACGGCUUCCUUUUCAAUGACUUCCUCCUGCUGACCCAAAUCACCAAGCCCUUGGGGUCUUCCGGCUCGGACAAAGUCUUCAGCCCCAAGUCUAACCUGCAGUAUAAAAUGUACAAAACACCUAUUUUCCUAAACGAGGUUCUAGUAAAAUUACCCACUGACCCUUCUGGAGAUGAACCCAUCUUCCACAUUUCCCACAUCGACCGAGUCUACACCCUCCGAGCAGAAAGCAUAAAUGAACGGACUGCCUGGGUGCAGAAAAUCAAAGCUGCUUCUGAGCUCUACAUAGAGACUGAGAAAAAGAAGCGAGAGAAGGCGUACCUUGUCCGUUCCCAAAGGGCAACAGGCAUUGGAAGGUUGAUGGUGAACGUUGUGGAAGGCAUUGAGUUGAAGCCCUGCCGGUCACACGGAAAGAGCAACCCAUACUGCGAGGUGACCAUGGGCUCCCAGUGCCACAUCACCAAGACAAUCCAGGACACGCUGAACCCCAAGUGGAAUUCCAACUGCCAGUUCUUCAUCAGAGACCUGGAACAGGAGGUCCUGUGCAUCACCGUGUUCGAGAGGGACCAGUUCUCACCAGACGAUUUUUUGGGUCGGACCGAGAUCCGUGUAGCUGACAUCAAGAAAGACCAGGGUUCCAAGGGGCCAGUGACCAAGUGUCUGCUGCUGCACGAGGUCCCCACGGGAGAGAUCGUGGUCCGCCUGGACCUGCAGUUGUUUGAUGAGCCGUAAGGAGCGGCCUGGGCCACGCUCAGAGGCUGCACCUGCUGUCUGCAAAUUGUGUUCUUUUUCUAAAACAUUAUUAUUUGGUGUUUAGCCACAGGACAAUGGGACAGCAAAGAUGGGCCCCUCCAAUCUAGGAAUAAUUCUCGACAAUCCUGCUCCUUGAACAGUUUCCCGUUUUAUGAAAAAAAGCUGUUUUCUUUCCUCCUCACUUCGGGCCUCACUGUGGCUUCUAGGGUCUCUGAAUCUUCUAACCCUCAAGUAGGUUGGAUUGGAACCUGGCCCAUCCUUGGACUCGUGGCAUGGGCCUGGUUACUGUAGAGUAGCUUCCUAAACGCAGUGUCUGUUUUCUUGGAGAACUUGUGUGACCUCCUAUUCUCAUGUCCAUCAGCCCCUUUGUAGACUCCUUGGCCUAUACCACUCAGGCCUUGGUGUGUUUAGAAACAAUUAUGAGCUGGGCCUGGUGGUGCGUGCCUGUAAUGCCAGCAGCUUGGGAGGCUGAGGCAGGAGGAUCACGAGUUCAAAGCCAGCCUUGGCAAUUUAAUGAGGCUCUAGGCAGCAAGACCCUGUCUCUAAAUAAAAUAUAAAUAAAAGGCUGGGGAUAUGGCUUAGUGGUUGAGUGCCCCUGGGUUCAAUUACAAAAAAAGAAAGAAAGAAAGAAACAAUGAGGAUGGAUUUGUUUGGCUUCAGAAUUUCAUUCCCCUGCAGGGAAAUGCUCUCUGGGAUCUGAUUGCUCUGUGUGAUAGUCUCCUAAUUGAACUCUAACUAAGCUCUUUGAAGAGCUAGUCCCUGGAAGAUUCCAGCAUGUCUGCUGUUCCAGCUGUUCCAUUCCCCUCUAGGCCCCGGAAUUGAUAUGUCAGUGAAAGCACACAAUGUACCUUCCGGUGAUUCAGUUCUGAUUCCUGGCGAGCGUGGAAGGUGGGCACGGAAGCUCAUCAUCUGCAAAGUCGUGCUUUGCUGGGUUAGAUCACUGCCCGUUGCUGGGAAGGCAACUUUGUGACGUCAUUGAAUCCCGGUUGCCAGCCCUGGUUGGAAAGUUUUAUUUUGGCUUGGAGGCCUGUGAUGUUCCAUGACAAGAGUCAUUGCUGGUGACCAGGUCUGAGCCUAUUCUCUGAUCAAAGGUACCAGAGGGAAAUUUCAGAAGCAGUUUUUGGUAGGUUCCUAAAAAAGGUAGGUCCUGCACCCCUAAGAUUUAAAAACGAAAGAUGACAAACUGGAGGUGGAGUGGGAAGGUGUGAAGGAUGCCCAUCAUGUGGUGAGGAGUGUGCCCACAGCUCUGGGGAGGAAGAGCCACACUCCUCCUGGGCUGCGUCAGACACAGGCCAGCCUCUCUGGGGUGGAAUACGGGCGCUUGCUGCCAGAGUCAGGGGUAGGACUGUGUACCAAGCUACUUAGUGUUCUCCCUUGAAUUCCAGGAGGGCAGCUGGUUAAUUAGAAUACCUUGAUUUGCUAAUGAGAAGUGUGGGCCAUGUUUUGUUUGCAUGUUGAUGUUCUCAUAAUUGCAGCUCGUUGUGGUCAUGAGGUGUCCUCUGCAUGUCCUCUUGGUACUAGAGUCUAGCUUUCCUAUGUUGGAUGGUAUUCUGAAAUUUGACUGUAGGUCCUUAGAAUUUGAUUAGGGUUGUAGCAGUGUUUUCACAAUGAUCGUGGCAGAGUACCCCCUUCUUUGGGAAUUGAAUGUGUAGAGUUAUUGCUUCUGGUAAUGGCCCUGUCCUAGUUCAAGCAGUUUUUAAAACGUGUGUGUUGGAAAGAAUAACAAAGUUUACAUUUCAUACUUUUAAGAAACACUUUAUUAUUUAUUUAUGAAGAUAGUGUAGAAUUUUGUAUCAGACAUAAGUAUUUUUUGAAACAAGCAGAUAAACCCUUUAGUUAGAAACUUUCAACUGAACAUGUUGUAGAGCAAGUUCAACUUCAGGCAUGCAUUUCUUUACCACUUCCCGGCAGAAAACAUGGUUAAAAUACUUUGUGUUUUUUGAUGUUGUUAAGAAACUCCCUUAAAUCUAUAAAUAGACAUGUAAUUCGUGUGUUCCUAUUUCUAUACCCAACAGAGUUUGUUCAUUGUGUUUAUGAAGGACAUGUUACCAUAGUAGGAAAAAAAAUGUAUUAAAUGUUAAGUGGGAUAGUGUUGGAUCACCAUUCCAAUCCCUUUCUUUCUGUUCUCCCUUUUCUUCCUUCAUUGACUUUAUUUUUGUAUUAACGUUGGACAUCUCUGCUCCUGUAGGGAGUGUGUGGUAUGCACAAUGAUAAAUCUCUUUAAAUCUUUUAGAUUCCAGGUCUCCUACUGGUAGAAUCCCAUUAUUGGAAUUAUGUAGCAUGAAAAAGCAAUAUGUGGUCUUUUUUCCCACGUGACUCUAUGGAGCAUCCUUGAGAUGCUUCUCGGCCUAGCAAGUUCUGGAUGAGUGUCCUUGUAUUUUCUGGUGUGAUUUGUAAUGUGACCCAUGGUAUUAUGAAUGCAUUGGGCUGUCCCUCCAACCCGGCUGUGACUGAGACUAGUGUUGGGGAGGCAGGGAUAUGGUGAUGCACGGAGCCUUGAGCCCUUGGCCCUCUAUUCCUUCACUUCUCUCUCUCUGCUGUCUGGGCUACAUUUCACAGACAUGAAAUGCCCUGGACAGGAAGGAGUCUGUCGCCUGGCUCUUCGCUUUCUAACUACAGAGUUUCUCUAGGCGUGCUUCCUGACAUCCCGAUACAGCCUUUUAGUCACCGCUGCAAGUGUUCCUCUUCUCUGAGCCACACUGCUAGUUCCUCCUGUGCUCUCUGACAUCCUCUCACCCAGAAAGGAGCUUUCCUGGUUACAUGCUGUGCUCUGACCCUCAGUCAGCCCUGAGGAUUAUCCCGAGCACAGGAGAUCUUGGACCUUCUUCCUAGACCUGCUGUCUCACAGGGUCAUUCCACAUCCUGGUCCUUCUGGGUCAGGGCUGCCCUGGCUGAUAUUUUCUCUCCUGGCCUGUAAACAGGAUCAUCUCCUAGAAUCAGGACCAUGAGAGCCUAAAGACAUAUUGUGGUUCAUUCAGGUCCAGGUCUGACCUAAUGGGGAAGAGAGAACAUUCUAGGCUUGGGUUACCAGGAAUGUCCCAGAAUUGGGGCCAGUCUUCCCUGUUUCACUGCUUGGAUAACAUGUCUCUGUCCUCUGAUAGCAGAAAGCUCUGCUCCCAAAGAACAUUAGUGGAAUAGGGGGCAUUCUUUUUCUUUUCUUUUGAUCUAGAUCUAUGCAAGUACUCCAUUUCAUCUGGUUGGGUUGACUUGAACUUAAGUG